AUGUCCAUUCACCGGGAGCUCAACGCCGCCUCGCUCAGCGACGCCUGGCGGACCAUCAACAUUGACGCCCUGCAGGAGGACUCGGCGUGCAACUUUGACACCAACACCCUGCGGCCGCCGCAGCCCGAGAUUGGCGAGGAUGAGGUCCGGCAGCUCGCGGGCCAGGUGCGGCAGUUGCUCCGCGGCGGGGACGCCGAGGGGGCGUUGAGGGGAUGUUUGGAGUUUCCUGUGUACAAUGGACCUGAUGGCGCCAAGGAUGCCCACCUCCAGACCAUCACCGAGGUCCUCCAAUCCAUCAAGGCUUCCGAGAUGACGCCCCUCCUCAAGUCCAUCUACGGCGGCGCCGGCGGACCCGAGCUCCUCGACGUGCUGAUGAAGUACAUUUACAAGGGCAUGGCCGGCUCUGCGGCUUCUGGAGGACUGAGGUCGCCGCCGCCGCAGGCCGCGCCGAGCGGGUUCAGCCAGAUGGGCGGUCGCCCCGGAGCCACCAACGAGAACGUCGGUAGCGCGAUGAGCGUGUUGCUUAGCUGGCACGAGAAGGUUGUCGACGUGGCUGGGUUGGGAACUAUUGGUCGUGUCAUGACGGAUUGGAGACGGGUUUAA